AUGGUUUUAAGGGCUGGCGACAUUAUCUCGACAACGUGUUACAUACCGGAGAAUCCAGUCAUUGGUGUUGAGGGAAAUUCGUAUCCUGUAGGAUCUCUUGUAGCUGGAACUCUAGUCAAUAGUAUUGAACGAUUUCCGACAUUGAUAGAAUACUUGGAUAGUGAUGUGUUUGUCGUAAAGGCAGGUACGGCGGCAACUAUUGUCCGACAUCAGGGAGACUUCACCGUUAUUCGGCUUCCCCAUAAGCACGAAUUCUCCUUCCAUCGUACAUGUAUGGCGAGAGUUGGUCGGCUGUCACAUGCCGAUAUAGAAGGGAAAAUCUUCGGCUCAGCUCAAAUGCACAGACGUUUUGGAUAUAAAAUGGCAAGUGGGCUCUUUCACAAAAAGGAUGGGUACUUCGGUCGAAAGAUUCGUCCAUUGCCUCCAGUUCGGGUUCUAGACGAACCUCCUCCACCACCACCUCCGAAUCAACAGUUUACUUUAACCAAGGAUCAACUCAGCGGAUUAUUUGGUCAUGCAAAAGUUCACAAUUUGCUACCGUCUGGAUACUGUACGAGAGACUAUGAUUACUACAAACCGGAAGAAUAG